UUUCUCUUGUUUACAUGAAUCAGCAUCUUUUCUUAUUUACUUGAAAUUCAGGGUAGCAAGCAUGGCGAACAAUAUCAGUCAGGAGCGUGUUUUGAUUACAGGAGCAACUGGGUAUAUCGGAUUCCAGACACUUGUUCUGGCCCUCCAGAGAGGCUACAGUGUUCGAGCGGUAGUUCGCAAAGAAGCAUCAAUCGCCGAAUUGAGUAGAGCUCCAAUCAUUGCCAAUAGCCUCGACCAAGGACAACUGGAGAUUGUUGUGAUUCCGGAUUUUCUGAAGAAGGAUGCAUUCAUCGGACAUUUGGAUGGAAUAACAUCGAUAAUACACCUUGCUUCACCUCUGGGCUUCUCGACCGACGACUUUGUCGAAGGAAUAAUCAAACCUGCGGUUUCCAUGGUCACAGCAGUUCUGGAAGCAGCAACCCAUGUCCAAUCUGUUCGCCGCGUUGUGGUGACAUCCUCAUGUGUAACACUGAUACCAUUUGAAUGGAACAUGAACCCAGACACGGAGAGAUUAUACAGUGUAAGUGAUAUCAACAAUAGCGUCGAUGGACCUUAUGAAAAUGCAAUGGCUGCCUACUGGGCCUCGAAAGGCCUCGCCCGACUUGCGGUGAGGGACUUUGUACGCAACUCGCAGCCACAAUUCGAUUUUGUGAAUUUGCUACCUUCGGUAGUAAUUGGCCCUGACACUCGCCUUGAUUACAAUCCAGCUGCCGGUACUAGUGACCUUCUUCAAGGUGCAAAAUCAAGUGUCAUUGCAGCUGCGCUGACUCCGUCGCUAAAUUCGUCGUUCCCUUAUGUUGGGACUCCUGUGCAUGUUGCCGACGUGGCAAGAGCACAUGUUGAUGCAUUGGACACCAAAUUGGUUCCAGCCAACUCUGAAUACGUCCUUUCUUCUGACACGCCAGAUGGAGUUGUCUGGGACAGAGAUGUUCGCAAUAUUUGCAGAAAGUACUUUCCAGAAGAAGUCGCACGCAAGGUACUCCCCAUGGAGGGAUCUUUGCAAGCAAUCACGUGGAGACUGGAUGCUCAGGAAACAGAAAAGGUGUUUGGCUGGCAAUGUGUUUCGUUUGAAGAGACCAUGAAGGAGCUCAUCUCGCAGUACCUGCGGCUUCACGCAAGGCAGGCGUAG